UUUCAAUCCAAAUUACAUUAAUCUUACCUAAAACUAACACUGAAACAUGUCUACCGCCAUUGUUGUCGGAGCGACAGGCAUUCUUGGACGUGAAAUCGUUCAUCAGCUGGGUCAAACCCCCCAGAAAUGGAGCAAAGUCUACUCCCUCUCGCGCUCUCAGAAAGAUGAGUUCCCUUCCAAUGUUGAGCACAGACACAUCGACCUCACCGGGAACGCCGAUGAGAUAGCCAAGAACCUGCAGGGUAUCACGGCUGAAUACGUCUUCUUUGCCGCUUACCUCCAGGAGGCAGAUGAACAGAAGAACUGGGAUGUCAAUGGCGAUAUGUUACAAGCCUUCCUAGAUGCCCUUGUCAAGAACGGCAUUGACAAGAGACUCAAGAGAUUCCUACUAGUGACGGGCGCGAAGCAGUAUGGUGUCCAUCUCGGACCUGUCAAGAAUCCUAUGCUUGAGUCUGAUCCUUUCCAGACUGACCAGUCAACUUUUCCGCCCAAUUUCUACUACCGUCAGCAGGAUAUCCUGAAGAAAUUCUGCGACAAGUCCAACGGCCGUGUUAGCUGGAAUGUGACCUAUCCCAAUGAUGUCAUUGGCUAUGCGCGAGGAAACUUCAUGAAUCUUGCAACGGCGGUUGGCAUCUACGCGGCAACCAGCAAAGAGCUUGGUAAAGAUCUUGUCUUUCCUGGAUCUGAGAGGUUCUACACUGGAUUCGACUGUUUCACAAGUGCCAACCUUCAUGCAAAGUUUUGUGAAUGGGUCGUGCUCGAAUCUUCGGCUGCCAAUGAGGCUUUCAACGUCGUCAAUGGUGAUGUUGAGAGUUGGCAGAACCUAUGGCCUAAAGUCGCAGAACGAUUCGGGAUGAAGGUUGAUGCCUCCCAAUUCCAGCAAUCUCACUCGUUGAGCUCAUCUACAGAUUUAAAUCCCGUUCCUCCCAUCAGCUUGCAUGAGGAGAAGUCGGGACUCAAAGGUAUCACCACACCAGGCAAGAUGGAGCAGACCAUCGAUUUGGUGAAGUGGAGCCAGCAGUCGGAGGUCAAGGAAGCUUGGAAGAAACUCGCUAAGCGAGAGGGCUUGGAUGAGAAAGCACUGGAAGAGGCUACGUGGGGAUUCCUCGGUUUUGUGCUGGGCAGGAAUUAUGAUCUCGUGAUUAGUAUGAGCAAAGCACGAAAGCUUGGUUGGACUGGAUAUGAGGAUAGUUGGGAGCGCCUGAGCAAGGUUUUCGAUACACUGAAGGAUGCCAAAGUUCUUCCCUGA